AUGGGUGCAGCGGCGACGGAGCCGCCCUCGGUCUCCUUCUCGUUCGCCAACAACUUCUGGGGCAAAGAUGACGCAGGCGUCGGACCAAUGCUCGACCGCAUGCAUGCGGCCAAGAUUACAAACGACGAACUGAAGCAUUUCUACGCAGCAAGAGCAGCAAUUGAAGAAGACUAUGCGCGGAAGCUGCUCAAUCUGUCACGCAAGCCCCUCGGGUCCUGCGAGUCGGGCACACUCAAACUAUCGUGCGAUGUGAUCCGGGCAGAGGUCGAGUCCAUGGGAAAGGCUCACCAGAGCGUAGCACAGCAGAUGAAGACGGAGCUAGAAGAGCCGCUUGCCGCUUUUGCCGGCGGAAUGAAGGAGCGGAGAAAGAUUGUGCAGAACGGCAUUGAGAAGCUGCUCAAGCUCAAGAUGCAGCAGACGGCGACCAUGAACAAGGCACGCGACCGAUACGAGCAAGACUGUCUCAAGAUCAAGGGCUUCCUAGCGCAGGCGCACAUGGUCAUGGGACACGAGGAACGCAAGAACAAGGCGAAGCUGGAGAAGACACAGAUCAACCUGACUACUACGAGCGCCGAUUACGAGGCGGCAGUCAAGGUGCUCGAAGAGACCACUGGCCGCUGGAACCGGGACUGGAAAGCUGCGUGUGACAAGUUCCAGGAUCUCGAGGAAGAGCGCAUCGACUACACCAAGAGCAGCUUGUGGAACUUUGCCAACAUUGCGUCCACCGUGUGCGUCAGCGACGAUGCUUCGUGUGAAAAGAUGCGCCUGUCCCUUGAGGACUGCGACGUUGAGAAGGACAUUGUUGGCUUCAUCAAAGACUGUGGAACUGGCCAGGAGAUUCCCGACGCACCCAAAUUCAUCAACUUUUGCAGAGGCGACGCCGAGACAUCUUCACUGGCUUCCGAAGAUGAGAACUACUCGGUCGCACAGUUUGCGAGGACGCUGAAUCCAGCCUAUCGCGCUUCAUCACCAGCGCCUUCCAACUUUGAAUCACAUCAUGACCCGAACAACCCGUUGGCUCGAGAAAUGGGUCUCCAAAGGGACACGCGUCCGAUUGCACCAGACGACCUUGAUGCUUUACCCCUUCAGCCAGUGGAGAAACCUUGUCAAUCUAUGGAUAGGGCUCGCCAUUCAAUAGAUAUGCAGCGUCAGUCGAUAGAUAUGCAUCGUCAAUCGAUAGACAUGCAUCGUCAGUCAAUGGAGAUGCCUCGUCAGUCAAUGGACAUGCACCGCCAAUCAAUGGACAUGCACCGCCAGUCGAUGGACAUGCACCGCCAGUCGAUGGAUAUGCCCCGCCAAUCAAUGGACAGGCAUCGUCAGUCAGUAGACAUGUCCCGGCAACGAGUUGAGUCACCACAACAGUUCGAGGACGAACCACAACACUAUGUUGAACCUCUGCGGCAGUAUUCCGAAUCGCCGCGGCCACGCGCAGAGCCACCGCCGCAACAAUUACAGGAACCGCAACACUACGUUGAACCUCUACGACAGUACUCUGAAUCGCCACGACCACGCGCAGAGCCAUCACGACAACGCGUGGAUCAACUACGACAACAGGUCGAGCAACCGCGACAACACGUGGAACAACCACGCCAACAUGUAGAACAGCAAAGGCAAUUCUUUGAGCAACCAAGACAGCAUGUGCCGCCGCCGAGGCAAUAUACCGAAUCACCAAGACAGCAGCAGAUUGAGCCUUUACGACAACGCACGGAACCACCAAGACAACCUAUAGAGCCGCCACCACCAGUGCAGCCACCACCACCAGUGGAGCCAGUGCAGCCGCCACCACCAGUACAGCCAGUCCAACCCGUGCAGCCGGUGCAACCUCCCCAAGCGACACGAACAGUGCAGCCAGAUCCACGACUUGUCCAAGCGCAGGAGCAAGCACGCCAGCAGUAUCAGCAAACCCAGACCCCGCAUAACGACUACCCAGCCGAUGGAAUGACACAGUUCUGUCGUGUUGGACCACCAUCUGAUCGAAGUUCAAUUGCAAGUCCCGUUCGUCCCGCCAGCAGAAGUUCACAAAGCGACUGUUCAAACCCCACAUCUCUGUCCAGUAUUGAGCCCCCCAGUGGACCUGCUUCACCCAGCAAGCCUACGCCACAGUCAUCGUUUGCUGAACCUAGUCCGAUUGAAGAGGGUGCUGUGCAGAAGAAGAGAGGCUUCUUCAACAGUCCAUUCGCAAGGAGGAAGAGCAAGCAUGAGAUGGAGCCUCCGGCUCUCGUAACCAGCAACAGAAAUACAUGGACUGCUCCCUUACGAAGGAACACACAAGAACCUAUCAGCCCAAUUAAGCCUUUUGUCAUCAGACCCACUAGAGCUAUCGAGAGCAAGCCGCCCUCUCCCGGCCCAGAGCCAGCUGAUCCUCGGGCAAACUUCCAGCUCAACGUUGGUAACAAUGUAUUCGACGUGGAGUCGCCGGACAAGAAGAAGCAGGAACAGCAGUCUGAGCCAUCAGAAGAGCUCGACCCCAUUGCACAGGCUCUUGAGGAAUUGAGGGGGGUCACCAAGCAAGCUUCAGCCCGUCAACCCCCGCCGGAAGAACGCAAACAGGCCUCUGUACGCCAGACUGCGGAUCGUUACCAUGGCCUUGCCACACCUGCACCCCCUGCUACACCCGCUGUCGGUUCAAAGCUGGCUGGCAGUGCACCCACACCACUGGCUAAUAUUGGAAUCAAUGCAAGCAUUAAUGCUGCAAAGCGUGGCACGCCUCCGCCCUCAUAUGAGCAGCCGUCAAUGUCGCUUUUGGGAGCCCCUAAGCCAGCACACACAUCUCGGGCGAUGCAAAAGACCACGCAGAUGUAUGUCAAUCAAAAGGUCAACAUGUUCAAUGGAGGCGAUGCAGCUCGCACUCCCAGCCGGAGUCCAACGAAGCAAGAGGCACCACGAACUGCUACCCAACCAGCAGCAUCACCUCGAACUACUACCCAACCAGCUGCUUCGCCGCGAACUACCACCCAACCCGCUGCUUCUCCACGGACUACUACUCAACCAGCCGCUUCUCCACGUACUACUCAACCAGCUGCUUCUCCACCACCUGCACCUGCACGUGCUGUCAGCCCGCGACCUACUCUGCAGACUGCACAACAAAACACGCCCCAGAAUUCUUACCGUACGGCUCAACAACAGCCUCAGUCUCCGUCAACCUACAAGCCUCCACAACGGGUACAGACAGCCCCUGUACAGCCUGUACAGCCUGCACAACCUGCACAGCCUGUACAGCCUGUACAAAGACCACCAUCACAGGCAUCUCAACGUCCGCUGCGUCAACAGCCGGCCGCACAGCAGGUAUCACGGCCUGCGUCGAGGCAGGCACAACCACUAUCACGACCUGCUUCGAGACAGGCACAACAAGCACCGCGACCCGCUUCGAGACAGGCACAACAAGCACUACGACCUGCUUCGCGACAGCAGGCACAACCACCACCACAGCCAGCACCAGCUUCUCCUGCGGCUUCGUACAGUCGAACAGCAUCGCCGAACCCCUAUGCUCCAUCUAGUGCUACAUCUAAUGCUGGAGCCAGACCGAGAGCCCAGACGACUGCAGCGCCGGCCCAAGCCUACAGUACACCUCUGGGACGUAACACGUACACAUCUACGCGUGGUUCGUCGCCAAACGUCAAUAAUAUGCAACGUACUGCAUCGCCCAAGCCACAGCAGCCUCCGCCCCCUCAACAGCCGCUCCCUCAGCAGCAGCCCCCUCAGCAGCAGCCCCCUCAAAAGCCUCCUCAGCCUGCUUUUGCCCAAGCGCAGUCUCGUCCGCAAUCUCGCGCUGCCGCGUCGUCUCGAGCUGCAAGCCCCAACCCUCAAUUUAGCCAGUCCUAUGAACGACCGGGCAGCUCCCGAAGCGAAACGACCCUUGCCCUUUCAAUUGCGGGUAGCGUACGCGAUGAAGGCAGCGUGCGUGGUGAAGGCAGUGUACGCGGUGAAGGUAGUGUUUACGGAGGAAGCCAAUAUGGAGGCAGUGUGCGUGGUAGGCCCAGCUCGGUUCGACCGCAGAGUUCAUACAUGGGAGGCAGCGAAUUUGGCUUCAGUGGAGGCUCUGCAAGUUCUGUGAGAGCGGAGUCUCGAGUCCGCAGCAAGAGUUUGGCUGAACCGAAGAACUACAACAGUCAAGGCCGACUCAUUUUGAAUUACUCGCGUGCCAUGUAUUCCUAUGCAGCUCAGAUUCCAGAGGAGCUCGGAUUCCAAAAAGGAGAUAUUCUUGCCGUCCUUCGCUUGCAGGAUGACGGAUGGUGGGAGGCCGAGGCGGUUGGCAAACAAGGUCGACCUGGUCUUGUGCCGUCGAACUAUCUACAGCCAUGCUAGACAGGUUCGGCGGAAAGGGUGGAUUAAUGGAGUGAGUGAUAUUGAUGACCUUGACUUGAUUACAUGUUUUUGUCCAGCAGUUUUUACCGCACAUACCCUCGUUUUUGCGCUUGUUCGGCGUUGGAAGGCGUGCUCGCUCC